AUGACAAAGUUUGAUAUAUUAAUCAUUUUCACAGGUAUAUUGUGCUUAAAUGUAAUGUCCGCAUCUGCUGAUAGUGUGGUAAACUCCAAUUCAUAUUUAAAACAUGAAUACAAGGAAUUGGAUAGUUUAGCCCAAAUUAAUUCGGAAUUUGCAGAUAUGAUUUCAAUCAAAUUGGAUGCUUCGGACUUAUUGAAGAAUAAGUUGAGCGCCUUCAUAGAUUCCAUUAGAAAGUCAGGCAUUAAAUCCGAUUUUGUCAAUGAAUUGGAAACCAAAUUCACUCAUAAAUUCAAAUACAAUUAUUUGGACAUUUCCCAUGAAUUAACUGAUAAAUUUCAAAACUUGAAGCAUAAAUUGGAUGAGUCUAUGAAUUCUAUUAAAUCAUUAGCCGAGAAAUUUGAUAAAGAUAAAACUGAUGAAGAAUACAAAAAAAUUGAAUCAGAAAUUACUGAACAAAGGUUAAAUCAACAAAAUUUGAUGAAUAAAUUUGCCGAACUCGAACAUGAUGAUCUAUUCAUCGUUUAUGAUUCUAUUGCCAUGAAUAUAGAAAAAUCCACCAAAGAAUUCGAAGAAUAUAAGAAAACUAUCAAUGUAGUUGACAAUGAUAGCGAUUUAACCCUCUUAUAUAAUGAUUUGGUUAAUAAAAUCAAGACCAACGGAUCAUACAUCUUCACUUGGGGAAGGAGAGUCGACUUCUACUAUAAUACCAUUUCUAAUAUCAAGAACAUUUCUAUUAAUAUCACCAAAAUGAUCAAUGAUAAUAAUUUAAACAAUGAACCCCAAAACGAGCGACUGAUAACUGAAGCCAAUGAAUCUAAAGAAUAUAUUGUUUAUGUAUAUAACGUCUUAUCCACAAAGUUGGCAGAAAUGUUUAAAAAUUUUAGUCGGGCUCAAAUUUUGAAUGAUUAUGCAUUAUUGAAUAUUGGAGAUUCACCAAUUAUUGACAAGAACCACUAUUUGGAUAUGAAAAGUGAAUUUAAUAACUCCGUCACUCUGUUUAAUGAUACCUUAUUAGAUUUUGAACAUUCCGAUGUUGCAAGCUACAUACAUGUAAUCAUGGAAAAAUUUUCCAAUAUCCUCAUAAUCCGCAACAAAUUUGAUGAUAUUAUUAAGGAAAUUCUUAAAAAUGAACCAUACGAAGACACAGAUCUUGAUGAUAAGAUUGAUAUCAAUAAAUCUUAUACUAAAGUGGCACACCAAAAUGGCUGGAAAACGGGCUUUAUGAUCGUUGGAAUAGUUAUUGGCGUUGCCGUGUUUGUAUUUGGUGUAGCAUACGCCUUGUUUUACUUCAAGAGAAGAGAAUUGGUUGAAAGUACAAAUCUUAUCGUUUAA